GUCAAUGGUUGUUUAAUAGAAGUUUGAACGGAUCGGCGAUAACUGCUUAUACUUUUCUACUAUGGAGUUGCAAUGCAAAGUGCAAAAUUAUGAAUGGGGCAAGUUAGGAUUAGAAAGUACAGUAGCAAAACUUUUGUCAAAUGCUAAUCCGAACAUUAAAAUCGAUUCUGAGAAGCCUUAUGCAGAGCUGUGGAUGGGUACACAUUUAAAUGGACCAUCUCUCAUCAUAGAAAGAGAUAUCCUUCUAUCAGAAUAUUUGAAGGACAACCAUGACGCCGUUGGUCCUGAUGUAAAGAGGAAAUUUGGAGUUACGGUUCCUUUUCUUCUAAAAGUUUUAUCAGUUAGAAAAGCUUUGUCUAUACAAGCUCAUCCAACCAAGGAUCAUGCAGAAGUGCUACACAAGAGUUUUCCUGAUAUGUACAAGGAUCCUAAUCAUAAGCCUGAACUUGCUAUAGCUCUGACUCCAUUUGAAGCUCUAUGUGGCUUUAGACCUACUACACAAAUCAAGAAUUUUCUGAAAAAUAUACCUGAACUUGCUCAAAUUUUGCCGCCAGAUAGUUUUAAUUCCUUCCUCAACAGUGAUUCUACAGAAGACAGUGAAAAACUUUUAAAAAUAGUCUUCCAUUCCCUUAUGACCUGUGAUAGAGAUGUCAUAGCUUCAAGUUUACGAAACUUACAUACAAGACUAGCAAAAGAAGGUGAUGACACUCAGAUAUCACUUCUCUAUCCACUUGUGCAAAGACUUUACAAGGACUACCCAGGCGAUGUAGGUUGCUGGGCACCAUACUUUAUGAACUACAUGACGCUAAGGCCUGGUCAAGCUAUUUUCCUAAAGCCCAACUUACCGCAUGCAUAUUUGAGUGGAGAUUGUAUAGAAUGUAUGGCCUGUUCUGAUAAUGUUGUUCGUGCGGGACUUACUCCGAAGCACAUAGAUGUGCCGACACUUGUGGAUAUGUUAGACUACAAGAGUUAUACAAUAGAGGAAUUAUUGUUUGUACCACAACUGGAGGAUGAAAAUAGCUGUAUCUGGAGACCACCUGUGCCAGACUUUGCUGUUGUAAAAAUAAGAGUAGAAAGUGGUGAUUCUUACAACACAAAAGUCCGUUCCAGUCCGAGUGUUUUUAUCAUAAUUUCCGGAUCAGGCGAGGCUUGUGACACUGAGCCGGUGCAAAUAAGACCUGGUGUUGUAUUGUUCUUGAAGGCGAGCCGGCAAUUAACACUGACCCCUGCUGAAAACUCGCACAUAGAAGCAUAUCAAGCUAUAUGCAACAUAUGAGUAAAAAAUGGCUUAUAAGUUUCAUUUUAAUAUGAUAAUAUUGGUGCUCUUAUUGACUAAAAAUAUAACUAUCACUUUUCUUAUAUAGAGAUUUAAAAAGAUAACAAGUUUUUAAUUCUGUAAAAAUACAAUAAAAUCAGCAACACUGUAUUAGUAAGUAAUAAUUGUAAUAGU